AUGUAAAGUGUAACCUCUAUAGAAGUCCCUACAAAUUUAUUGAAAAUGCCAAUAAUUAAGAAUAAGGAUAUUAUGGAGAAGAAAUGUAUUUAUAUAAAUUAGAAAAUAAGAUGAAUACGAUAAAGUUGGAAAGAAUUAAAAUGUUAUUGUUGAACCUGCAGUAGUUAAAUUUUGUGGAUUUGAAAUAGGCAAAUUAAAUGAGAUUAAAGUGAGAGUUAUCAAUAAAAAUAAACAACCUUAAAGAAUAUAUGUGUUUCCUCCAAAAUCAGAAAUAUUUAAUGUGAAAUUUGAUAAAAAAGGAGCUAUUCCUAGUGGAAUGGCAGAAGAACUCUAUGUUUAAUUUAAGCCUCAAGAAUAUAAAUACUUUUAUGAUGUGAUAAGAAUCAAUACUUAAGAUGAUACUUUAUUAAUACCUAUACAUGCUUAUCCUGCCUUAAGUCGAGAUGGAUUAAGAGAAUUAUUUCCUCGAUUAAUCGACUUCGGUACCUUAGAUAUAGGUGAGUCUUAAACUUAUGUAAAAUAUUAUAAAUAUAAUAGAGCUAUCCAAUUCAAAGUAAAGUGCCUCUUAACUUUGAGUUUGAAUUUAAUAUUACAAAACCUUGUUAAGAUAUUAAAAUUGAUCCAAUUAAAGGUAUAGUACCUGGCAAAGGAGGAAUAGAUAUAUCAAUAACCUAUUCUCCUUAAGUUAAUGUAACAGAAAUUAUGGAAGUAGAAGUAAAACAUUAAAAUAAUUUUAAGCUUAAAAUAGCAUAAUUUGAUUUUGAACCAUUAUGUAUAAAAAUAAUGGGGUCUGGUAGGUUUCCUGAGAAUAAGAAAACCAUGAGACCUAGUUCAACUAAAAAAUUAAAAUCUAUUACAAAUUCUUCCAAAGCUAAACUACUUUAGAAUACUUAAGAAAUACCUAUUGAAGAAAGUCCAAAACCUGGUGAAACAUAAUAAUAAAUGGAAAAUCAAUUAUAAGAAAGAUCAAAAACUUUAAAGAUGACAAAAACUUCUAAAUUAAAAAGAUCUCAAUCUCAAUAGUAAGAUAAAGAUACUAAUGAUAAUUUGGGACUUGAUAAAUUAAAAGGCAGAUAAGUAAAGUAUUAAAUAACAAAAGUUAUUAGAAAAAUCAUAUUUAGAUCAUUUUAAUUAAAUCUAAAGUUUGGAUAAAGAAAAAGAAAUGAGAUUUUUUUAAUGUGUUGGAGAUCCACCAAUAACUGAAUCUUAAGUACAAGAUAUUCUUUUUGAAAGAUAAUAAUAUCUAAAUAACUAUUUAGAAGAUGUAUAAGCAAAAGGAACAACAAGAUAUAAACUAUAAAUUAAUGCUGAUAGCACUAUUGUUGAUUACAUUCUACCUGAGAAUUAAUAGACUUGGGAUUUAGAUAAAAAUGAUACGAUGAAAAUAAAGAAAAUUGUAAAAUGUAUUAAAAACUUAUUUAGAAUUUAAGAAAGUUUGUAUGUGCAGCAAGUAGAAUAAUUUAUAAAUUAAGAAUGGAAAAAAGAUUAUUAAAAUUGAAGACAUUUUUAAAAGGAGCAACAACAAGAGCUGAAGUAAAAUAAUUAGUAAAUUUGGAUUGUUAAAAAGCAGAACAUUCUGGAGUUGGUAAAAAAGAUUUUGUAUUAAUUUUAAAUUAAUUAUUAAGGUUAAAUUCACCUUUGAAUUCAGUGCAUAAAAUAUUGGUUUUUUGAAAUUACCAGUUUAAUAUUCUGAAUCAAAUACUAAUUCUUAAUUUAAAUAUACAAUUACACCUUAGACUGGUUUUGAUGAUUUAGCUCCAUAUGAUGAAUUACCAAGUGAUGAUUGUGAAAUUAUGUAAUAUAAAGUAUGGGAAUAUCCAUAAAUUGUGUAUCAUCCACCAGUUAUUGAUAAACCAUUGAGAGAUGGUGCAGAAGAAGAGAAAUCAAUAAGAGGUAUAAUGGGUCCAAUAACUUAAAUACUUUAAACUUAAAAUGAUAAUAUUGUAAGAAAUAUAUAUUUAAAACCACCUGAAGUUGAAAGCUAUUAAAUACUUAAAACACAUAAGACAUUAAAAUUGUAUUAAUAAUUUAAUGAUGGAACUCCUUUAAAUACAUACUAUCCUCUAAUGUUUAGUAAAGUAAAUGGAAUUGGAGCUGAUUUAGAUCCAGAUAUCGCCUAAAAUCAUUUAAUCUUAAAACAAGAGUUUAUUAAUAGAACACCUGGUUAUUAGAAUUUAAAUCUUAUUUAUGAAUUACCUUUAGAUUAAUUCUAUUAUUAAGAAAAAAAUAUGUAAUUGGCUUUUGAUUUUGGUUUUGAUGAAUAAAUAGAAUUCUAUUGUCCAACUUUAAUGGCUGAAAAAGAAUUAGAUGAUUAAAUGACUGAUGAUGAUAGUGAUGAAGAUAAACCUCCUCAAAUUAAUGUUAUAGAUUAGAAUGAUUGGCUUACUAAACUUGAAUAAGAUGAUAAAACUAUUACAACUAUGAGAUAAUCUGAAAUUAUAGAUUCUUUUGAUCAAUUAAAAGAAAAAAUAGAUUCAAAUUUAAAGUAAUAUAUUAUUAUACAUUCUUUAGUUUGGAAAAAAAUAAAUGGAUAUCAACCGUUCCUUCUAAAACUAGUGACUUCAAUAAGUUUAUUAUUAGAAAUGAAAAUAAAAUGGUAGUAUUGUGA